UCGGGGGGGUUAAGAUCUGACUGCAGUCUUUCCGAGCGCAUCCGCCUCUUGAAAUCCCCCAGCGGAACCUCGCAUGGAGCCGAGCAGAAACGCUCCCGGCUGUAGUGUGAGCUAAUCGGCCCGGUUCGUUUCAGAGGCCAUGAAGGAAGUGGAUGAUGACCAGAGCAGAAGUCCGGCUGCAGAGGACACGGUCCGGAUGAAGCGGCUCGGCGUCCAUCAGGAUGUUGUUAGAAACCAAACAGCUGAUGAUGCGCAGCUGUUGGUGAUUAAAGAAGAGUGUCCCUUUGAGUGGAGCUCCAGUGAGGACGAGCAGGACCCAGAGCUGUUCCACAUAAAGGAGGAAAAUGAGGAAUCCUGGACCAAUGAGGAGGGAGAGCAGCUUUAUGGAGAGGAGGAUCUCGUCAGUUUCCCAUUAAAUGUUAUUGUGAAGAGUGAAAAUGAAGAAGAGGAAGAGGAAGAAGAGGAAUAUCAGUCUUCACAUCUGUAUCUCAGGGAAACUGAACAUAACAGAGAGUCAAAACCUCUAAGUUCUGUUGAGUUUAUAAAAACAGAACCCGACGAGGGGCCAGAAUUGACGGUAAAGCCGGGACUCAGCAACUACUUUAGGAUGAAACCUGCUGCAAAAGCUUCGGACUCUUCAGAAACUGAAGUCAGUGAUGAGGACAAUCACUGGCAGGAACCGCUACCAGAUUUUGGAGCAGAAAUGAAGCACAGAGAGAGCAGGACACCCGAUUCGGACGACACAGUCAAGGCCCUGUACAGCUGCUUCGAGUGUGAUAAACAAUAUUUCUACAAGCAGUCCCUCCAUAGACACAUGAAGUGUCAUUCAUCCAGCUCAGGUAACACAAACCUCUGCAGUGGGCAGGAAAACGCAGAUUCAGACCCAGCAGUCAGGAAGAAAGAGAGGGUGUUCAUUUGUGACGUCUGUGGGCAUGAAUUUAACCAGAGGACUAAUCUUACUACGCACAAGAGAGUCCACACAGGGGAGAAACCAUUCAGGUGUGACGUUUGUGGCAAAAGAUUUAACCAGCGAGGGAAUCUGCGCAACCACAAGCGAAUCCACACCGGAGAGAGGCCGUUCAUAUGCGACUUCUGUGGCGAGAGGUUCAGGAAUCAGGGGAUUCUGCAGGCGCACAUGAGGGUCCACACCGGAGAGAAACCUUUCGUUUGCGGCGUCUGUGGCAGAAAAUUUUCUCGCAAGACGCAUUUCGAGACCCACAUGAGAGUGCACACAGGAGAGAGGCCGUUCAGCUGUGAAAUCUGCGGCAAAGAUUUUCGUCACAAGAUGCAUUACCAAGAGCACAUCCGGGUCCACACUGGAGAGCUGCCGUUUCCCUGUGAGGUUUGUGGGAAAAAAUUUCGACUUCAGUGCAAUUUAAAGAGACACCUGCGAGUUCACACAGGAGAAAAGCCCUUCAGCUGCGACGAGUGCGGGAAGACAUUCAGUUGCAAGUCGCAUCUCAAGCGACACACCAAGGUCCACACAGGGGUGCGGCCCUUCUCCUGUGAGAUUUGCGGGGACACGUUUGCCGAGCCGGGAGCCGUGAAGAGUCACAUCCUGGUCCACACGGGAGAGAAGCCGUUCGAGUGUGACGUUUGCGGGAAAACGUUUAGGCAAAAGAGCACACUGACAAGACACAAAGUCGUUCACACGGGAGAGAAACCACACUCCUGUACUCUGUGUGGCGCCAGAUUUACACAGCAGUGUAAUUUAAAGACACACAUGAGGCUCCACACAAGAUAAAAUUAAUUAUUUUCUUUAGGAAUAUGUUUAUAUUGUACGAGGGUCAUGUCCUGGCCAGAGCUGUAUAUUUACAUUAUUAAUAAUAAUAAAUAUUACAAUGUUUUGAGUAAUUUUAGUGUUUCCAUUCAUCUGGAAACUCUCCUGCCCAACAUCGUCCGCCAAAUCUAACAGCUGCUCACUAAAUCCACUGAUCUAUUUAACCCAAUUAGCAUUUUUCCGCAUCUUCCUUAAGUCCUUUAUUCUUAGUAUAAGUUGAGACCAAAGGGAAGAAAUCAAUGAUGUAUGAAGUAGGAAUUACAAAGUUAGCAAGGAAAACUUUUGAACAGGAGCAACAUUUGCAUUGAAAUAAAGGACAAAUUGUUUAUUCAAGACUUCAUAAUCUGCUUAAUUUAACAUAUUAGUAGAACUUGCCUUGGAGGAAUGCUUAUUGUGAAAAACAUUUAGAAAUAAAAUCAGCUGACAUAGUACUGUAAAGAAUCUGACCUAAGUACUGAUUUGUUUACUGCUCUGCGGUGAAGAACAUAAAAAGCUAUUAGUCUUCAGCUAGAAGCAUUUAAAUAAAACAUGUAAUUGCAUUAAAAUACCCCUGGGCAGGGUUUUACUUACACUUUGACAAAAAUUCAGAGAAAUGUCUGUAAAUUAAAUUGCUGCCGUCUUGCCCUCUGACAAACAUAACCUUCUGCAGCAGAAAUUAUUUACCUGCAAUAAAAAAAAAUACGGUUGUCAAUUCCAACACUAUGUAUUUUUGUUUGAAAGUGUUACAAAAUGUAAUGGUUUAUUCAUAGUUUCUACAAAUGGCAGUAAACAGAUGCGUCUCACUGUAUUACUGAUGGUCAGAAGGAACGAUGCGUAAAACGGGUCACUGAAUCUGCGGCUACGUUUCAGAGAAUAACGCUGUAAUUGUCCCUCAUGUGAGCGAAUAUCCAACUGUUGGCCUUCAUUAGAGAAAAGGUUGACAUGUUGUAUUAUUUCUUCCUAAAAUAAACCAUUGGUAUAUUUCUGUGUGCCAGUAUAACAGUUUGGUACAAGUUUAUGUGAUUUUGUUUUCUGAAAGGUUUAGCAGAAAUGUUUAUAAUAAAGGUGUCCUUUUUGUUGCUUUUAAUAA